AUGGCCAUUGCUAUGAGUGAAAAGUUUGAAAAGUAUUGGACCUGUUCUGGCAUGAGUCUUGUAGUAGCUUGCUUUCUUGAUCCUAGGUGCAAAAAGAAGCUUUUAGAGUGCUACAUGAGAAAGUUUUAUGGUGACUACUAUCAGGUUCAUCUCGAUGAGUUUCUUACUGUUGUGAAGAACUUGUACCAAUUUUAUGCUAGCUCUAGUUCAGAGAAUAAGAGUGAUGUGAAUCAAAAUGAACAUCUUAGUCCAACGGAUCCUCUAGCUAAAAAUAGAGAUGAUGAACUUGACAGCUUAUUAUAUGAUGAUCAUGGGCUUGAUAGCAGGGACACAAAUGAGCUAGACAAAUGCAUGGCAGAGCCACUAUUGAAGCAAAAUCCGUUUGAUAUUUUAUCAUAUUGA